CUGGUCAGGCUGCUUAGUUGCACUUCCUGGUUACAGAGCUUUGGUUGCUAAGGGCGCCCACAACAGCGCAGGGAAGAGGUGAAUCGGGAGGCUGAAGUGCAGCGCUGUGAGACCGGGAGCCCCACUCUUUCGCACCCGUUACACUUAGUGUUUCGCUUGUAUUUGCCUGUUCUGUUACAAUGAACCGUCAGGUGCUGGACGAGCUGAGAUGGAACGAUGGCUAUGCCAUUCCAGUGGCCAAUGCGGAGAAUAAAGCCUUAGAGCAAGCGAUGCAGAAGAGAGAAAAGGAAAAGAUGCAGCUGUUAAACCAAGUGAAGGAAUUCGAAGAACGAAUCCAGGCAAUGGCAAAUCAUCUCCGAAAUGUCAGACAGGAGCUGACAUACACUCAAUCCCUCUGUAGGGCCAGAGAAAAUGAGACAGAAAGUGAAGAACACUUCAAGACACUGUCAGAAAGGGAAAUUGGUCGCCUGAAGCAAGAAAUUCAACGGCUUGAAAAUGAGCUUGUCUCCUUAAGAGAAAAGAAAAACAGCCAUGAAAACAACAUAUUCAAAACCACUCAAAAGUUGGAAAAGCUCAAGCGUCAGCUUAACUGGGACCAACAGACUUUGGAAGCCUGGCUUGAAGAAUCCACACGCAAAGAUGAAGAUUCAAUGGCGAUACAAAAAUAUGCUCAGAAAGAUGAUGGGAAAAUAAAGGAACUGUCGCUACUGAUUGAAAAACUGACUCUGGAGGCUGGUCAGAAACGUAAACUUAUGGACAAUGAGUUGACAGAGACUAUUACUGCACAGAUAGAGCUGGACAAAACAGCUGAGGAUUUUCGGAAAGCUCACACUGAAAGACAGCAAUUGAUUAGACAAUGGGAAAGCACUAUAGACCAAAUGCAGAAAAGGGACCGGGACAUUGAUCACUGGGCAUUGUUACUAGCUCAGGUCAAACAGGAGCUAAGAGAGAAAGAAAGUAUAAUCAAAGAGAAAAUUCAGUUCCUGCAAAGUGAAAUUGAUAAUAAUAAGGAGUAUGAGAAAAAGAUUUCUGCUGCAGAACGGCAGGCUGCAAAGCUGAGACUGGAGCUGCAGGAACAAGAGAUCAUCAGAGGUCGUCUGCAAGAUGAGCUGGAUUCUCUUAAAGGUGUUGUUGAUAGGACAGCUAGUGACUUAGAGUCUAUGAGAACAGAGCUUAACAGUCUAAAGAAAGAUAUCCGGAACAGACAAAACAGGCUACAAGUGGCAAAAGAAUAUAAUGAUGGCCUAUCUGACAAGUUCAAGUUUGUUACUGAAUCAGCCUUAAGUCUGGAGGAAAAAGCUUUACGGAUGGAAGAAAUGUUCAAGGAGCAAGAAAAAAUUGUCAAGGAUCUUGAAGGCCAGUUAAAACAGAUAAGGGAUGUACAUUUCAAAAAAUCUCAGGAGCUGCAUGAGUGUAAAUCAAAAGAAAUGGACAUCAUAGCAGAAAUCAAUGGAGGCCAAGUUACACUCAAGAAUCUUAAUAGUCAACUGCAAAAACUGGACUCACAUGCUCUAAAGCAGCAAGGAAUUAUGUACAGUCAGGAUUUCCAAAUCCAGCAAUUAGAGAGGCGACUGUCACGUUUAAAAGGUGAGGUCAAUACAGAUGAAAAGCAAGCCUUGGAAAUGAAAGUAUCACAGCUUACAAAAGUAUUUGAUGAGCGCAAAGCUGCACUAAAUCUAUUGAAUACCCAGCACAAGAAACUCCAGGGGGAUGUGCGUUAUAUCAAAAGAGAACUUGAAAAAACUGGCCAGGAAAAGGAAGAUUUGAUCAGUAAAAAAGAAGAACUAUAUCUCUUUAAUAUGAUGUCUGAAAAGGUUCUGAAAAAGAGUAAAGCAUCUAAGCGGGAUUUAAUGGUUGAAGACAAUAUUCUAAAGCUGGAAAUUAAAAGGCUAAGGGACAUGCUCUUCAGUAAGGCAGAUGAUGUUUUCUCUCUGGAAAAACGCAAGCUGCAGUUACAAACUGCAAUGAAGGAACGAACUGAAGAGAUUUCAGUCCACAAAGAAAUGCUUAAAUCACAUAUAAGAUACGUGGAUCAGGAACGCCAAAAUAUAAGUUCAGAGCUAAACGAGAGACUUGCAAAAGUUGAGAAAAUGAAGAAGAGAUUCGAAAUAAUAACUAUUUCAAUGAUGCCACCAGAGGGUGAAGAAGAAAAAUCGCAGGCCUAUUACGUAAUUAAGGCUGCCCAGGAAAAGGAGGAGCUACAGCGAGUAGGUGAUGAUCUGGAUGGGAAAAUUCGUAAAGCUGAAAAAGAGAUAAGGGCUUUAGAAAACACCCUGCAAGUUAUUAAUGGAUGUAAUACCUCAUACAAAAAAUCAUUUUCCAAAAUCACAGAAACAAGUGAAGAAUACGAAGAAAUAGUUCGACUUGAAGAAGAAAAAAAAGCUGCAGAAGAAAAGCAUCGAUACAAACGGAGGCAAAUCAGGGAAUUGCAGGAAGAUACACAGGUUAUGAAAAACACACUUGAUAGCAUGAUACAAGAGGAACUGUCCUGCCAGGAGAAAGCAAAUGAACUGCUUCCAAUUAUGACACAGCUUAACAAAGAAACAGAGGAUCAAAAGCAAAAAUUGGAAAGAGUAUUGAAACAGUGUUCCAGAGUGUCAAAACAUGUCCGAAAUGCUAAGAAAAGCAAAGAAGAAACACAAGAUGAAAAAGAUAUCAGCGUUCGGGAUCUGCGAGCAUUUAACCAAUCUUUAAACAAGAUGCUGGCCCAAGCAAUGGAGAAGAAUCCUGACUUGGCCACAGCCCUUCAAUUAUAUUUUCAUCAGUUCGGUUUAGAAACACCUAAAAUUGUAUCAACUCCUGGGAGUUCUAGAUCAAGUUCAUCACGUAGUUCCGCUCUUUCCUACAGAUCAGGCACAUCCAGGAUAUCAGUGAGCUCUGGGCAAUCACCCCGGAUUAAAGUAGUUGACCUAGGACUGCCUCCUGCCUCUCCUUCAUCAAAUGUAUCAUCUGCCAGGAGCUCUAAGGCUUCAUCCCGGAGCAGCUCUACGAAAAGCCAGAAAUGAGCAUAAAAAAAAUGUAUUUAUGUACCGGUCAUUAUUUAGAGAAAAAUCUCUCAGCCACUCACUGAUCUAUAUAGUUGCAUACAUGGGAUUUAUUUGUCACCAAAGUUUUUUUUAUUGUACUUUCAACAAAACAGUAGUAGGAGAUAUAAGGGCAUACGAUGAAGCGGGAGGGAGAAAAAUAACAGAUACAUUACUAAAGGUAGGAAGGAUUUAAAGGGCAAGUUAAACCCCAAAAUAAAAAUUUGCCUAAUAAAAGAUUACAUAAUUAUAAGCAACUUUCCAAUAUACAUUUAUUAAAAAUGCAGUGCUUUUAAAGUUAUUUGUAAAAACAAUUGCUGUAGAAAGCAGCAUUUGCUUAACUCCUGGUUACUUUUUAAACAAUGUUGCAAAAGUCUUAGUUCCCCAGCAAAGUCAGGUCACUUGUCACUACAUUGGAUCAACAGUCUGAGCCUCCAGGGCAGAGAAUUAAAAGGGACAAACACUGCUUGCAAUAGCAAUACAUACACAAAUAGCUAUACCAUAGAAAAUGUGUAAUGAAAAUAUAUUGCAAAGUUGCUUAGAAUUAGGUUUUCUUUUAUUAGGCAAAAAAAAAAUAUUUUAAUAACUAAAUACAUAUAUAUAACGUUGUGUUAUUAACGAAUAAACCCACAUUCAUACAAUGGAUUUCAUAAGCUAUGUAUCAGUUGGUCAGUUUGACUUAAUUAGUCCUAAGGAGUUUUUUUUGCAUGUAUUGUCAUGUGAUGAGAAUACUAGGCCAACACUGGGAUCAUAUGGGAAAGAUCAUAUUGGCUAAAUAAAUCGUUGUGUUGAGACAGCAUG